UGUCCAACCCACGGUCCGCAGAGACCCCCUGAGACCCGGACCGACCCGGUCUUCUGUGUCUCGUGCUUCCUUGAACCUGCGCAGGUGAGUUGAGGACGACGCACGGUGGCGUCUGACGUCACAGCCGCGGGGUUGAAGUGGAAGGAGGACUGAAGCGGACCUGGACCAGGACCGGGACCGGGACCGGGACCGGGACCAGGACCAGGUCUGUUCCGGACUCUGGACCCUUUCUUCCAGAUGUUCCAGUCGUAGGACGCCGUCGUCCACAUGUCGGACCAGGACGUGGACGCCGUCCUCAUGUCGGACCAGGACCUGGACGUCCCGUCCUGGCUGUCCACCCUCCGCCUGCCCCAGUAUUGCCCCUCCCUCCUCCAGGGGGGGUAUCGGACCCUGCAGGACUGCGCCGACCUGUCGGACCGCCGCCUCCUGCAGCUCCGUGUCUUUCCCACCGGACACCGGCGCCGCAUGCUCCGCAGUCUGGAGGCGCUGGGCGUGUCCAAGGACCGUGAUGGGGGGGGCGGGACACCGGUGCUGCAUCCGAGAAGCAUCUUCUUGACGGACAGGAGGAGGGGGACGUCCUGUCAGCAUCAGAAGGGGAGGAGGGAGGACGACCUGGAGGGGAGUCAGACUUUACCUCCAGGGGCGGGUUUGGGGGGGGGACCACACCACCACCAGGAAACUAGAUCCCUCCGCCGUCCUCAGCCGGCGCCGCGGGACCCCCAGAACAUCGGGACCUCCUUCAUCCCCCCGUCCUGGUCCUCCUCUUCCUCCUCCACCUCCAGCGAGUCCAUCUCCAUCUCCGAGACCCCGUCGGACUGGGACCCCGGCCCUGAGGACCCCGGCCCGUCCACUGUCGAAGGCCAGGGGGGGUUUCAGGGGGAGAUGGUGGAGAACUCCAUCUACGAGGGUCAGCCCGGGGGUCCGGUCCCCAAAGGACCCAGACCCACCCGGUCGUACCGGCUCAGACACAGACCGGUCCCUGAACUCCCCAGUCAGACCCCCCCUCUGCUGCAGGACCGGAACGCUCCGCCUCCAUCCAGCCCCGAACGCCGAACCGGCUCCGAAGGUCCCACCGGUGCAAACGGCGCUGGGAAAGGCCCUCUUCACCAGACCCUGAUCCCCAUCACCCCCUACGGAGAAACCUUCCUGUACGACUACCCAGAAUGCCCAGCGGAGCAGGGAACGGAAGGAGAACCACAGCAGAACCAGCAGGACCAGCAGGACCGGCAGAACCAGCAGGACCAGAACAGAGCACAGAAACACAGACCUGCUGUCCCUCUGCAGUUGGACUCCGUUGACCCUCGUCCUUCUCUGACUCCAGACGUCUUUGAAGACGAGUAUUCCACCGUAGACGAGUGUUCUGCUGUUCGACCACCAGGCCCCGCCCACUCAGUGAAGUCAUCUGAUGCCGUCGCGGUGGCCUCGGCACCGUCUGGUCCUGGUCCUGGUCCUGGUUCUGGUCCUCAUGGUGGAUCUUUGGUCAUGGUGGACUGUGACCUUUACUCUGAACCUGCAGACGCUGUGGUCCAUAACCCCCCCCUCGCUGACAUCUCACCAUACGCCUGUUUCUACGGCGCCCCCAAACAUCAGGUGUUUAAAGCCGGCUGGUUGGACAAGCUGUCCCCGCAGGGGAAGUGUGUUUUCCAGCGGCGGUGGGUGAGGUUCGACGGACACAGUCUGUCCUAUUAUAACAACGACAAGGUCA